CUCAGCCCCGUGUUUCCGCUGCCUGACAAAGCUCUGCUCUUCACCAUCAGAGCUCUCCCCGCCUCCUCUCCCCCGAGCAGCACGCAGAGUUGCCAUCGCUCCAAGCUAUGUGGAAGGGACGGGCCCUGGGCACCUGGGUGCUGCUUGCCAGCCUGGCUGUGGCCAAGCUGGGCGUCCAUGGGGUGAGCAUAAAUGUUAAAGAAGUCAGUGGGAAGGUGUUCCUGCAAUGUGAAAUGAGCAAACAAGAGCAAAAAAAAGAAAUCUUAUGGCAGAAAAAUGGAGAGGAUUUAGCAAACGCAGGGAACACAACGCAGCUGGACUUGGGUGCAAUUUACGAUGAUCCCAGAGGCAUCUAUACGUGUUCGUUACGUGAUGGAGAACAUUCCACUCUCCAGGUGCACUAUCGAAUGUGCCAGAACUGCAUCGAAGUGGAUGCUCCCACCAUCUCGGGGAUUGUGGUCGCAGAUGUUAUUGCCACUGUCUUCCUGGCAAUUGCUGUGUAUUGCAUCACUGGGCAAGAUAAAGGACGCAUAUCGCGAGCUUCUGACAGGCAGAACCUGAUAGCCAACGAUCAGCUCUACCAGCCCCUUGGCGAGCGGAAUGAUGGACAAUACAGCCAACUGGCAACUGCCAAGGCCCGCAGGUGAGGUGGGAAGGCACUGGGGCCAGUGACUCCUUCACACAACGAAGCCAUAGCCAGUGCCAAAGAGCACCAGCACCCUGCCCUGGCGCUGCUUUGUGAACUUGCUGCUGGCAGAAGACAGUGUGGGUUUUUGCCUGGAGAGCCCUGCCAGGAUGGGCUGCUUGUAGCACUCUGCUCUCUCCAUGAUGCGUUGCGUUUCUGUAUUCCUCUCAUUAAAGACGAUCCUAUUCUAUG